CCCCAGCGGCUCAUAUUCCCCUGAAUCUCGGCUGGACAAUGUCGUGAAUUAAAACAUAUACCAUUUCUUCAAUUCGCCGCCACAGCUCACAAUGUCGCGCCCAGCCAGUCAGGUGUACAAGCAUUACCAACGCGCCCUCUCCUUGUGGCCCAAAGAUGAGCUGCGCCCUCACGUCCAGUUCCCCGACUUCGUGAUGCGAGGCAUCCAAAAGCGGCUCGACCCGACGACCAAGGCUCCCCUCGACCCGAAGCGGGAAUUGGCCCAGCUCAACGCGCUCUGCAGCCUUGCCGAGGACCGCUACGUUAAAAAGUUCCCUACCGGCCAUAAAAUCCUCAACCCCAAGAGUCAACCGACCUACUUUAAGGAUUUACUGCGCGAAAUGGAGGAGGCUCCUAGCAGGACGUGGCUGCAAAAUGUUUCCAAGAAGCUGACCGGCAUGUUCCGGUGGGAGUAAAAGAUCAAAUGGAGGACAAAAGAGGAAGUAAAGAACAAAAGGGAUACCCGUUCACUGGCGAGGGGAGCACAUCCUACAACACCAAUAUGGACGGCAUGCAAGGAAUAUGGGAAGGGACCAAGAGGAACACUCGAAUCUCGGGACAUGAACCCCUCCAGUAUGCUAGUGGGCUGCAUCACUUGGUAAUAUGUAUAAUAUUUUCAUGUACAACAGGUGUACCAUAUCGAAGGGGAAACAAAAUGGAGAAAUUAGUGAGAGAAAUUGAGAAGAGAAGAAAAAAAAAGGAAGAGGAAAAGAAGAAGCUUUGCUUAGCUCUCUAUGCAAUGUCCCAAAACGCCGCUUGAAU